AUGUCACCGGAAAAGCGCCAAACCACCGUUGUGAUCGUUGGCAGUGGCCUCACGGGCCUCACCUUCGCUUUGAUGAUGCAAGGCCUUGGUGUCGACUACCUCCUCCUCGAAGCUUACGGCAGCUGCACCCCCAACAUUGGCGCCAGCAUCGCCCUGCAGCCGCAAGGUCUACGCGUGUUGCACCAGUUGGGUCUCUGGGAAGACAUCCAGGACCUCUGGCAACCCGUGGUCAAGACCGCUUUGGUCGAUGUGGAAACCGGGAAGAUGCAUUUCACCGACACUACAGCCAUGCUUAAAGAGCGCCAUGGAUACGGCGUUGGCUUCUUCAACCGACAUGACUUGGUGUCUGUGCUUCACAAGCAUAUUCGCGAGAAGAACCGGCUGCUCGUCAACCAGAAGGUUGUGCGCAUCGAUGGUCUCGAGGAUAAAGCUAUUGUGCACACGGCUGCUGGAGAUGUGUUCGAAGCCCAGAUGGUGCUUGGUGCCGACGGCGUGCACUCGUCUGUUCGGAAGGAGAUGUGGAGGAACGCCGAGAUGGCAGGGCCUGGCAUAAUACCAGAGCAAGACAAGCAAGAUAUUACCUGCGACUGGGCUACCUGCUUUGGGGUGUCAAAGCACACCGAAAAGAUGUCGCCCGGUUUCGUGGGAAGCUUGACAGGGAAUGGCUACAAUGCUGGCUGGAUGAGAGGAAAAGGAGAGCGCACCUUUACGUUCUGGACAUUCAGGCUUCCCGAGAAUAUGCGUAAAUGCACUUACGACACGAUUCCUCGUUUCACGAAGGAGGAUCAUCGGAUGGCCAUUGAGAAAGCCAAAGAGUGGGCAGCCAAGGCCCCGAGAACCGGCGGUUUGGACGUCGACUUUUCCAAGCUCUAUGACGAGCGUGAUCCUGAGCACAGUGGAAUCACGGCCUUGCCUCAUUUCGUCCUACGGAAGUGGCAUUUCGGCCGAAUCGUCGUAAUCGGAGACGCGGCGCACAAGUUCAACCCUUUGCCUGGCCAGGGUGGUAUGAACUGCAUCGUUUCGGCGGCAACCUUGGUUAACUGCUUGCAGGAGUCUCUGGGAGCCGAGAUGAAAGUUUCGGCCGUGUGGAUUAUGGCAAGCCUCAACAAGGCGUUCACCGAUCUUACUGAGAUCAGGGUCCCGGCGGUGCUGGACGCAGUCAACAGAAGCGAAGACGCGAUGAACUUCACGGGAUGGAGCAGCUCGAUGAACCGCUUCUGGUUCAAAACUCUCCUGCCGGUGCUGCCAAACUUCUACCACGCCGACGGGGCAUCCAGCAUGUUGAAGACUGGUAGAGCACUGAAGGGCUGGGAGUUACCUGACGUCGCCCACACCGUGCUGUACGAUGACGAACAAGAGGGACUAGUGAAGAAGAGCAAUGGGCUUGACAGCAACAUGGUGACUGCAGCGGCGGUGCUAGGCGGUGCAUUUGUCGUCGCGAGGGCUUUGCAACAGCAUUCAAGCUUCGUCGCAGGAAGUCUGAAGGUGUAG